AUGAAUCAUAAAAUUCCUUUUUAAAUAGCUGGGGAAUGCUUUAAUUCUUAUGCUCAAUUGGAGAAAAAAAUUGAAACGAUAUUAACACGAUAUAAGGACUAAGAAACUAUUAAACAUAAAGAUUUUUCUUUUAUUUUAGAUUUUUUGAAGAGUCACCCUCACAGUUUAUCAUCAGAAGUAGAUAAAGUAGAUAGAAUUAAGUCUAUUAUAAUAAAGCGGAAUUCUAAAGAGAAAAAACUUUCUUUCUAUGUUGUUAAUGAUGAUGGAUAAAUCAUAUAUUUGAAUUAUAGGAAAUAUUUUAAGGAGAUCAAUAGAUUAGAGUAAUAGAGAGUUAAUCACUAAAGUAAGGGGUUUAAAAAUUUACCACAUUAAUUCAUAUUAUACUUUUUUGCUUUUUUAUUUUUGCUUAUAUUUAUAAUCAUACCUAAUUUGAUUAAAAGAUCUAAUCUCUUUUUGGUAAAUAUAAAAUCAUUUUUUUUACAAAGCUUUCUCAAAAUUAAAUAAAAAGAUAUUGAAAUGAAAAGUAAAAUUCCUCAUUUUUAGAGGUUAGGAUAGAAUAUAUUGUUAGCUAAAGAAAGAUAUUUGGAAGAAUAAAAUAUAGAAAGUGAUAAAAUAAAAAAAACAACUAGAGAAAAGCACGGCAAGAAAAUAAAAUGA